GCCCCUACUGCGGACUGCAAGCCGGUCGCCACUCGUCGUCACAGCACAAUUCGUGCACAACUCUCACCGGCUACAGACCGCACCAUCUACCUCCAGAGGCAUUUCGCCGGUCGAAGCUGUGGACGUGUGAAUUUAUAUCUUCCUAUACAAACUAAUCUAGAUCUCAAAGAUGGCGUGUUCAGUGAGCGACACCCCCGCCCUCAAGGACCUCCCCAAGGUGGCCACGGACCUGAAGAGUCAGCUGGAAGCCUUCAACCCUAGCUGUCUCCGAGACGUCGACACCAACGAGAAGAUAGUGCUGCCUUCUGCUGAAGACGUAGCACAAGAGAAACAGCACACAGCGCUCCUACAGGAUUUAGAACAUUUUCAGAGUUCCUCUCUUAAGAAGACGGAAACCGUCGAAAAGAACAUUCUACCCAACGCUAUAGAUGUCGCCACUGAAAAGACUCAGAAAUCUCUGUUCGACGGCAUCGAGAAGUUCGACUCCAGCCAACUGAAGCACACAGAGACUCAGGAGAAGAACCCGCUACCAGACAAAGAUGUCGUGGCGGCGGAGAAGCAGCACCAGAACCUGCUGGAUGGAGUGGAACACUUCGACAAGACCCAGAUGAAACACGCACACACCGAAGAAAAGAACCCGCUGCCGCCCAUGGAAGCUAUCGAGGCGGAGAAGGAGAAAAACAAAUUCCUGAACGGCAUCGAGAACUUCGACCCCACCAAGCUGAAGCACACGGAGACCUGCGAGAAAAACCCGCUGCCAACCAAGGACGUCAUCGAACAGGAGAAGACGGCCUGAACUCACUCGCAUAUUUAUAACGCAACUAUAUAACGCUAGUAUCGCCGUAUUUUAGACUCGAUAUAAGUUUUAUACUACCGGUCGGCGCUCCCGUUCGUAACUCAUCAACUGUCACCUGUCACCUGUCAAUAUCAACACGUCAGACUGACGUCCGCGGUGACGUCGGCCGGCCUAUCAUUAGAACGUAGGAACCAAAUUUUCUAUGUCACUUUUAAUGAUAUAUAUAUCUGAUAAGUGUAUUUUAUGAGCAUUAUUUAUAAUGAGACGUAUUAAAUUUUAAGAUUGAGUACUGAUUUUAUUUAAGUUGGGAACACACUGCACUCCGCGAUUCGAUUCUUUUCCUCCUCGUGCUUGUGUUCUCUGUCUUUAUAUUAUUGUAAGUUUUAUUCUCGAGAUUCAUAAUGGCUUUGGUCAGUUUAUUUAGGAGUGUAGUUACCAAUACUUUUGGAUCGAAAUUGUUUACUUAUUUAAAUGUGCGAUAGUCGCGAUCGGAUGACGUAGACUAUACCUGAUGCUCAACAAAGCGAAAAUUGUCUAAUUUUAAAGCAAUAAUUGUGUUUUUAUAUUAAAGAGCGAACAAUAAAUUUUUAUACUGUCGUAUUACAUAUUAUAUCCAUAUAUUCAUAAACACAUUUUUUCAAUUUUAUAAAACGCUGAAGAUGCCAAUAAAACAUUUUUAACAAAAAUUUUGUAUGUUUUACAGACGGUGCUUUUCUAAAUAUAGAAUAAAAAAUA